CGAGUGACAAACCUGUAAAUUUUACCAUUUAGUGUUGAGAAGUUGACACCUUUUUCUCAUGAUAAUAUGCGCUGUACGGCUGGUGGCCUAGAUUCACCGACAUCCAGAUGAUGAAGACCGGGGGUCAUUAUUUUCUGAAAAUGGCAGAGAUGGAAUUGAAAACAGCCACAUCAGCGAUGGAAGCCUUGGUCCGCAUCAGCUCCAACAUGAAGAGCCUGGAGCACGAGCUGCACUGCUCCGUCUGUAAGGACAUCGUGAAGCAGCCCGUGGUGCUGCCGUGCCAGCACAGCGUCUGCCUCAUGUGCGCGCACGAGGUCCUGGUCGCAAACGGCUACCCGCCUCCAGACCUGCCCCCGGAACCCAACUCCCCGGCCUCCACGCCCAACACCCGCUCGCCGCGCCAGGCGCGGAGGCCCACGCCGAAGGCCGAGCAGCGGCCCAUCGACCGCGUGCUGCGAUCAGGUCCCCACCCGCCGUCGCCCUCCAUGCCGCGGUCUCCUGGAUAUGGGACGCAUCCCGGGCGACGGCGUAAAGAGGGCCCACCCUUGGUGAUGCUGUUUCCCUGUGUCCCCUGUGGACGAGACGUGGAGCUGGGAGAGAAGGGCCUGACGGACUGCCUGCGCAACCUCACUUUGGAGCGGAUCGUGGAAAGAUACAGACACACCGUGAGUCUGGGCAGUGUGGCUGUGAUGUGCCAGUUUUGCAAGCCUCCUCAAACUCUGGAGGCCACCAAGGGCUGCGCCGACUGCAGGGCCAAUUUCUGCAACGAGUGUUUCAAGCUGUACCACCCAUGGGGAACGCCACGGGCACAACAUGAACACAUCCAGCCGACACUCAACUUCAGACCAAAGGUUUUGACGUGUCCAGAUCACGACCAGGAGAAGCUGCAGUUCUACUGUCGGUCCUGUCAGCGGCUGCUCUGCCCUCUCUGCAAGCUGCGUCGCAUCCACACGGGCCACAAGAUCCUCCCGGUGACACAGGCGUACCAGGCCCUGAAGGAGAAGAUUACAAAGGAGAUGAACUACAUUCUGUCCAACCAGGACACGGUUUUAGCUCAGAUCACACAGCUGGAGAGCGCCAUCACUCAGACCGAGGUGAACAGCGUCUCGGCCAGAGAGCAGCUGGCUCAGAGCAUCAGGGACCUGACGGCGGCGCUGGCCGAGCGCCACUCCUCGCUCACCCAGGCUCUGGAGGGCGCCCGGCAGAAGCGGGGCGAGGCGCUGUCCGCCCAGGUGUCGGAGAGACGGAGCCUGAUGGAGCACGCGGGGCUCCUGGCGUUCACUCAGGAGCUGCUGAAGGAGACCGACCAGCCCUGCUUCGUGCAGGCUGCUCGCCAGACUCACAACAGGUUGAGUAAAGCCAUCGAGAACCUCCAACACUUCACGCUAGCCGCCGAUCCGUCGUUCAGACAUUUCCAGCUGGACGUCUCUAAAGAGCUGAAGCUGCUGACGGAGCUGAACUUCAUCCAGGCUCCUCUGGCUCCGGUGAUCGACACCCAGCGCACUCUGGCCUACGACCAGCUCUUCCUGUGCUGGCGGCUGCCGCCGGAGUCGGCGCCCGCCUGGCACUUCUCGGUGGAGUACCGGCGGCGGGGCGUGGUGCCGGGGGGCGCCUCCAGGGGCGGGAUCCGGGGCGGGCUGGCCGCCGCCCGCUGGGGCUGGCAGCGGCUGGACGAGGUGAGCGGGAGCAGCGCCGUGAUCGACAGGCUGGAGAUGGACAGCGUGUACGUGCUGCGGGUGAGAGGCUGCAACAAGGCGGGCUACGGGGAGUACAGCGAGGAGGUCUACCUGCACACGCCCCCCGCGCCGGUGCUGAACUUCUACCUGGACUCGCGCUGGGGGCUUCACGCCGACCGCCUGGUGGUCAGCAAGGAGCAGCGCUGCGCCCGCAGCGUCCCCGGUCUGUCCCUGCUGCAGGCCGCAGACCAUGCCCUCACUUCCUGCCACCUGACCUCCGACCUCCUGGUGGGGGAUGUAGCCAUCACUCAGGGACGGCAUUACUGGGCAUGCUCGGUGGAGCCCGGGUCCUACCUGGUCAAGGUAGGAGUGGGUCUGGAGUCCAAACUGCAGGAGUGGUUUCACCUUCCACAAGACAUGGCCAGUCCACGCUACGACCCAGACAGCGGCCAUGACAGCGGGGCCGAGGACGCCCUGGACUCCGCUCCGCCCUUCUGCUUCCUCACCAUGGGGAUGGGCAAAAUCUACCUGCCCCAGCACAACUACCACCACCACCACCACAGUAGCCAUGGAAACGGCGCGAGGGACCCCAUCAGCAACGGGAACGGGCCGUCCUCGCCCUCGGGCCUCACCUACCCGCUGCCGCCGCGGCUCGGCGUGUGCCUGGAUUUCGAGAAGGGCCGCGUCACCUUCUACGACGCCCACUCCCUGCGACCCCUGUGGGAAGGUCACGUGGAUUGCUCGGGCCCGGUGUGCCCGGCCUUCUGCUUCAUCGGCGGGGGGGCCCUGCAGCUGCAGGAGCUGGUAGCCAAUCGCAACGCCGACCAGACGCCGGUCAGGCGGGUCACCAUCCAGCCCCGGGUCUCCGGCUUGAACAACUGAGAGGCGGCGUGAGCGUUUAGGGUCAUUGGGAAUGUAUUUGGUAAUUGUGAAGUAUUUACCCAGCUAGAGCGGAAAAGUUAGACAUCUCAGCGAUUUUUGUUUUUGUAUUUAAUUUUCUUGUAUAGGAAAAACAUUUCUAUAGCAACAAAUAUGCAAUGUAAUUAUGUUUCUUACAUUUUUGUUACAUGCAGUUUUGCAAGAUUAUUGCUUAAGUCGUGUUUGGUAUUUCCAGCACUGAAUAUGUACUGAUAUCUUUAUUGCUUGCACUUGUAGCCAGGCUAUAUUGCGUACAUUUAAAAAGCUAAUGUAGAUAAUUGCACCGCACAUUUUCUGUCUUUCUCGUCAUUCAUCAAUGUUCCUCUAUCGUUUCAAAGAUUUGAAAUUAUACA